UCACAAAAUUAAUCAAUCAAACAAACGGUCUUUUCAGUGAUAUCUCUCGUUCUCCGAGCCCUAAGCAAAUAAUACUCUUACAAGAAGAAGAAGAAGAAGAAGAAGAGGAUCAUCAUCAUCUCGCUACUUACUCAUCGUCUUCCUUGUGAGUUGAAGAUUAUCCAAAAUGACAUACCCUUCCGAAAAGACAAAAAGGGUCUUUGCUAUAAGAGAUUUUCCAAAUGGAUGUGGGACUCGCUCUCUUCAGAAUCAUACAAGUGUUAAUCGUAAAGCUGUUCCGGUCACAAGUGAGAUACGACAAGAAUCGAUUGGUGUUACUAAUCGUGGUCACCACCACCGUAGUAGGCCUGCUUGUCCUGUCAAUGAAGUUGAAUCGAUUGAUGAGAUUAUGAAGAAAGCUGGCUUCAAUGUCCCAGCUAGGAGUCAUGCUGCUGACAGGGGAAGAAGAUCUGUUUCAUCUCACACUAAGUUCGCUCCAUCUUGCGGAAGCAAAGUGAAACCGCUUAGUUCUGAGGAAGCUUUCAGGCUAAGUGCCUCUCAUAGUAGAAGAAGACAACCUUCGUAUACCAGCAGCGAGAGGAAGCUUUUGUUAGCCAAAGCUGUUGAAAAACAGAGAAACUCACCUGAGAAGGGUAAUGCAACUGCGCUAAGGGCAAAAGAUCAAAGACUUGGACUUAACCCGGUUACGAGACAAAACCAGAUAACCAAAGCUCUUACACCACGCGAGCAAGUUCAAAAGGUGUUGCGUCUUUUCAAGCUUGUGUUUAAAGAGCUGGACCCAGACAAAGCAGGGCGGCGGCAUUACGAAGCACGAGCCAUCCUCAUGAGCGAGGGGAUGCUUGUGAACGCUAAGAAGAUGAUUGGACCAGUCCCUGGGAUUGAGAUUGGAGACGAGUUCCAGUACAAAUCAGAACUCAACUUGAUCGGUCUCCACUUCGACAUCAGAGGUGGCAUUGACUACAUUACUAGAGGAGACGACUUGAAGCUAGCUACGAGCAUCAUUUCAUCGGAAGGGAAUGGUUACACGGAUAGGUUUAACUCCGAUGUGAUGAUUUACUCAGGGCAGGGAGGUAACUUGAGGAGCAAGGAUCAGAGAGUGGUCAAAGAUCAGAAGCUUGAGACGGGCAACUUGGCUCUGGCUAACAGCAUGGAGGCAAAGACUCCGGUGAGAGUGAUACGUGGCGUUAAGGGAUUGGGCCAGAAGAGAAACUGUUACGUGUAUGAUGGGUUGUACUUGGUUCAGGAAUAUUGGAGAGAGAGGGGACGUGGAGGUAGUGUUGUGUUUAAGUUCAAGCUAUGUAGAGUUGCUGGUCAGGUUUCCACUAACUUGAAAUAUUUAGUGUGAGUUGGAAAGCUUCUUUUUGGGUGUGGAGAAUGGAGAUAGUAUCAGAGUAAAGGAACUUUGCUUGCUAAUCAUAACAUAACAGUAGGGUUUGGAAUCUUUUGCUUUCUUGUCAGAUAUGCUUUACCCUUUCUUUUGUAUUGAUGCUUUUGUUUCUGUUUUUGUACAAAGUUAUUAAUAAUGCUAUCUUUAGUAAUAA